ACUUAUAUCACAAGGCUACAGGUGCCUUUUUUCCGCCGUCUGCUGGUGCCGGGAGCGCCUGCCUUCGCUUGUCUCUGGACCUACAACCGCUGUCCUCACGGUGAUGUUGGACUCGGUGACACACAGCACCUUCCUGCCCAACACGUCCUUCUGCGACCCCCUGAUGUCGUGGACUGAUCUGUUCAGCAAUGAAGAGUAUUAUCCUGCCUUUGAGCAUCAAACAGCCUGUGACUCCUACUGGACAUCAGUCCCCCCUGAAUACUGGACUAAGCGCCACGUCUGGGAAUGGCUCCAGUUCUGCUGUGACCAGUACAAGUUGGACGCCAACUGCAUCUCCUUCUGCCACUUCAACAUCAGUGGCCUGCAGCUGUGCAGCAUGACACAGGAGGAGUUUGUGGAGGCCGCUGGCAUCUGUGGGGAGUACCUGUACUUCAUCCUCCAGAACAUCCGCACACAAGGUUACUCCUUUUUCAACGACACUGAAGAGACCAAGGCCACCAUCAAAGACUAUGCUGAUUCCAACUGCUUGAAAACAAGUGGCAUCAAAAGCCAAGAGUGUCACAGUCACAGUCGAACAAGCCUCCAAAGUUCUCAUCUCUGGGAAUUUGUGCGAGACUUGCUGCUAUCUCCUGAAGAAAACUGUGGCAUUCUGGAAUGGGAAGACAGGGAACAAGGUAUUUUUCGGGUUGUUAAAUCAGAAGCCCUGGCAAAGAUGUGGGGACAAAGGAAGAAAAACGACAGAAUGACAUACGAAAAGUUGAGCAGAGCUCUAAGAUACUACUAUAAAACAGGGAUUUUGGAGCGGGUUGACCGAAGGUUAGUGUACAAAUUUGGAAAAAAUGCACACGGAUGGCAAGAGGACAAACUGUGAUCUGCUCCGGGCAUUAAGCUCAUCGGAUGGAUUUCUCUUUUGAAACAAUCAAGAUUGCAAUAGACAUUUGAAAGUCUUUUUUUUUUCUUUUUUAACCUGCAAAUGUGCUGAUGAAAUUUCUCCACACCUCAGCUUACCCACUUGGGGUGUUGGCAGGAAGGGGCGAUGAUGCCCUUUCGCCAAAGGGCAUGAGACAAAACUAUUUCCCUAAUCGAGUGUCACAGAACCACAAUAGCUAAUGUCAUUGGUGCUGCUCAGAGAGAAGGAUCUAAUUCUGCCAUUUGAGACACACCCACCUUUCAUUCCAAAGCUUCCCGUGGUCUCCGGUGGUUAACUGUAGCAGCUCACAAAGGAAAAAAAAAAUGAAAUUAUGUUUAGUUCUGUAGCUUAUCGUAGGAGAGAAUGAGCUGUAAGACAUACGUACUUUAGAUUUUAAAUCAUUAAAGUCCAAUUCUGCAGAAAAGUAUCUGAACAAAAGAGUUAACCCAUUAAGAUGGAACAUAAUUGGAUUUAGCAUAGGUUAGUCAUAAAUUUCUUAACCAGAGAUCUUCUUGACCAUUCAGCAAAACUCCAUGGCCCACCUUCUGAAGUGACAACACUUCAAAUUAGCCACAAUAUUCAUUGUGACUGAGAUCAUCCCCCCUCUCAUCCUGACCAGUGGCAGGCAUCAGAUAUGCAAAGAGUUAGUCGACAGACACUUGCAUCAAUUUCUAAAUCACUGCUGUUUCUUGAUUCAAGUGGUCAACUCAGUAAAAUCAUAGCUCAUUGAUUCUGUCUGUGGUCAAGACAUUAUUCAACCUUUAUAGAGCUGGAUAUGUCCCAAAACCUCUAAUGGCCAAUUAAGUGGUCUCUUUUGUUUCAUCUUCUUACCUGGUAUGUACUCAAGUACUAAAAUAUAUUUCCUUGAAAAAAAUAGCAACAGUGAAUUGACACCAAUAAAUGUUCACGGGUUAAAAUCUGCACUGACAGUUUCUCAUCAUUCACUGGUAUGUCAGUCGUGACCUACAACUAAGUGAACUGCACCUAGGACUUCCACUUCACCACAACUGGGAUCAUCAAGCGAUGAGGCACUGAUCCACGACCCAGGCUGCAGACCUCCAUGCUCAGUUUAACUUCAAAAGUAACUUGUUCUAAAAAAUGUGAAUUACUGUAAGAUAAUCUAUUUUUGGAUUCAUGUGUUUUCCAGGUGGAUAUAGUUUGUAAACAAUGUGAAUAAAAUAUUUAACAUA